AAGUAAUCAACAUAUCAAAGACUCUUAGUUGCUUAAAUUAUCAAGAAAUAUAACUACAACUAGUAAAUGUAACUAUUAUAUCAAGAAAUAUUAUGCAGACAUAGGUUAUAAUACUUCAAAUAGCUGUUUUAAGGCAUAACUACUAAAAUUAUAAGAAUUAGUCAAUUAAAAUUUACUCUAAAUCAAGUAUAAAAUAUAGUUUGACUUACUAUACUGCGUUGAAAAUUGGAUGGAAUUUAAAAUUAAAAUACACUUUCAUCAUCUUAUAAGCUCAUGCCUUCCUACCACAGAUUUGCACGUCUGAGAAGUAAUGGGCAUCUUGAAGCUCCUUUUCUACUUAACCUUUCCUGUCAUAUAUGCCUUUAACGAUUGCCAAUUUUAUUUAUGUGGCAACAAUACUUUCCUUAUUCGUUUCCCCUUUCAACUAGGUGGACAAUAUCCUUAUUGUGGCUAUCCUGGUUUCAACUUAAUUUGUACAAACAGCAGCAAAACAGUUCUAAAACUUCCUUACUCUGAAAAAUUCUAUGUACGCAGCAUAAACUAUCUCACACAACAGUUACUAGUCUACGAUCCUGAUGAUUGCCUUCCCAAACGUCUUCUAAGCCUCAAUUUUUCAAAUUCUCCUUUCACUGCUACUUUUAGUCGUGAUUACACAUUCUUACGCUGUUCAUCUCAGAAUAUAGGGUCGCAGUUCAUUCCCAUUGAUUGUCUUAGUAAUUCAACUUACUUUGUAUCUGCUAUCCCUUCAGCGAACUUGGUCAAUUCACCGCCUGAGUCUUGUUCUGUUAUCAAAAGGCUUUCAAUUCCAGUUGCAAGACCAGAACGUUUUGAAGUAAAUCUCAGAGAUGACCUUAGUGCAGAUAUUCAAUUAACAUGGGACAAACCUGAUUGCCGUUAUUGUGAAUCACAUCAGUUAAUGUGUGGAUUUGAAAGCAGUUAUAGCAAUCAAAUUGUCUGUAUCUCUGAUUACCAAGCAGGUACAUCACGACAAGGACUCAAAAUUUUCAGAAUAAUAGCAUUAUGCAUUACUGGGCCAGCUCUAAUAUUUAUCCUACUAAUGGCAAGUUGUGUAUGCUACAAAGAUAGAAUAGCCAACAUUACAAGAAAUGCUGCUUCUCGAUCAGCACCAGCUGCAAUAACGCCACAAUCUGAACUAACAACAAUAACUACGGGUCUAGAUGAAUCCACAAUUGAAUCUUAUGAGAAAGUAGUUCUUGGAAAGAGUCGACGCGUGCCGGGACCAAACGAUGAAUGUUGCUGGAUAUGCUUGUCUGAAUACAAUAGUGAAGAGACAAUAAGAUGCAUUCCUGAAUGCAAACAUUGUUUCCAUGCUGAUUGCAUUGAUGAGUGGCUUCGUAUGAAUAUUACAUGUCCUGUUUGUCGUAACUCACCUUCUCCUUCUCCACUUAAUAAUGUUACUUCUAGUGAUUCUUGAGUGAUCACUGAUCAGUGAUUAUGGACCAUGCAAAUUAUAUUUUUAAGUUAAUAGUGUUUGUGUCAUUGUGUAUAUAUAGCAUACUAUAGUCGUUUGAAUGAGAUGACUGUCUUUUUUAGUUUAAUCAACAUUUCGAAUUAAAAUUUGAGUCUAAAAAUACCUGUUAAAAGUUCAUAUUAGUUUUUCAUGAUUUGAGUGAGAGACUAGUUUCCAAGUUGCAUGCAAGGGAUAUGUGAUUUAUACAAUAAAAAUAUCAAGCACCUAGGUUCAAAGUGUCUAGAUGUGGGCUAUGAUUGAAUAUUGGUGUACUAGGAUUUCAAUUUCAAUGUAAUGAUUUUUGACUAAUUAUUUUAUUA